AUGAAGAUAAAUAUUUCAAGUUUUUUACAAUACGAAACGUUCAAGAUAGUAAAGGUUCAAGACCAAAGACUCGGUGCUCUGUAUCGGCUGUUUCAGUUGGCCAUCUUCGCAUAUAUACUGUAUACAAUAAUCGCUAAUGAAGGAUAUCUCAGUAAGGAACCUCCAGUCGACGGAGCAGUCAGAAUAUCUCUUCAGGCUCCAAAGACACUGUCGGCACCCUCAUACUGCAGUAACCCUCUCCCAUGUAUUUAUUGGGGUGCAAACGAGAUCCAAUUCCCAUCGGACGGAGCCGGUGUAGCCUUUAUAACGACCCGUGCGUCAGUUACACAAUACCCUCCGCCAACCGGCUGCAAUUUUCUAACCCCAUCUUCUCCGAGCGAUGCUUGUAUCUUUAACGCGAAAACAACACCGUCCAACGUUAUUGCCAACAAAUCAUACAUCGGUGACAUUGAAGAUUACACGUUAAUGAUCGAACAUUCUAUCCGAGGCAAAGCGACAUCCAUUGCAGUCCGUAACGGUUUAAUGGACGGAAAACUAAUGUCAUCAGAUGGAAAAACCGUCAUCAAGGAAUGGACCAACGCAACAAGAAUGGCGGACAACCCCUCCGCAGAUGGAGAUAUCCUCAAAGUAAGCGAAUUGUUACAGGCUGCCGGUGCUGAUUUGGAUGCGCCAUCAACUGCUCCCGGUGCUGCUCCAGGAGAAACGUACAGAUCGUCUGGUAUCGUGAUAGUGAUUGUGAUUGAAUAUACAAACGUCCCGUUCAAAAAGAACGAGCUGUCCUACAAAUAUCUUCCUCAAGUGAUAGAUGGAAACGAAUACAAAACUGUCGAGAGUUUGUACCAGUCAGAUGGGUCGUACAUAUUAAAAGAUCGACAUGGUAUUCGAUUUGUAUUUCAACAGCAUGGGCAGAUUGGUGAAUUCAACAUGAUUUCAUUACUCCAAAACAUUGUCGCUGGGUUUGCUCUAUUCGGACUGGCUGGCAUCAUUGUUGAAUUUCUCAUGCUGAAGCUCUUGCCCGAGAAAGAGUUGUAUGAAGAGGCCAAGUUUGAAGCGACAGAUGACAUUGACGCACUGCGCAAACACAAAGCCUAUCAUCUUGAUGAAGAAAGUAAAUAA